AUGGAAGAUCCAGUGAUCGUCCUCAAAAUGGCAGGAGGGUCAGGCAAGGUGGGGGAAAACCAUCAUCUGCUGCCAACCGGAAGCACUGGGAGAUUCCCACAAAGGCUGCCACCACAGAAGACGGUUAAACAGGAACCAGAUGAAGUGGUCCUUCCUUAUUGGGACACCCAGUGGCAGCACUUUCUGCAAGAAACGGGGUCUCCUUGCUCAGGAUGGGAGUCUCCUCAGCUGCCCCGGGAUCCCAGCCUGUGGGAUGAUGCCAAGGGCUUCCUGGCCUCCUUUGAGCAAGUGGCCAAAGCCUGCCGGUGGCCAAAACACGAGUGGGUAGCCCGACUCCUGCCCUCCCUCAGCGGGCAAGCUGAAUGGGCCUUUAGUGGCCUGGAGGCCAGAGAGCAAGAGGACUAUGGGAAAGUGAAGGCGGCCAUCUUGCGGGGAAGCGCCCUCAGCCGGGAAAAGCAGCGCCAGCACUUCCGCCGUUUCUGCUACCAGGAGGCCGAGGGCCCACGGCGGGUUUGCCGCCAUCUUCAGGAGCUUUGCCACCGGUGGUUGAAGGUGGAGAAACACUCCAAGGAGCAGAUUCUGGAGUUGUUGAUCCUGGAGCAGUUCUUGACUAUCCUGCCAGAAGAAAUUCAGAGCUGGGUUAGAGCCCGGGGCCCCGAUACCUGCUCCCAGGCGGUAGCCCUGGCCGAGGAUUUUCUGCAGAGGCAGCAAGGAAUGGAGAAGUGGGAGCGGCAGACUUUAAUAGUCACCUACAUUGCAUGCAUGCAUAUAGCACCUUAUUUUUGUAUAUGCUCUGAGUACGGACCUGCGAAUUGUCGGAAGGAGAGAAGCCGUUUGCAGGAAGGAGCGGAAGAAGGGGAUCUGUGCUGGAUCCCUCAAAGACGAUUCACGGAGAACUUUUCCCGUGUCCCCGAGGAACGGAAACUCUUCCAGAAUCAGGCAUGGCCAAAGCUUCAGCAAGGAAUCCAUACACGGAACAAAGCAGCCAUGUCCAUCGCUUCGGUCAUCAAUAGGAAGAUCUUGAGCAAACCUCUGUUAUUCCAGACCCAGAACUCAAGCAUCCCAUCUGGGGUGGACUUGAGACAGGAACCAAGCAAUACUAUCCCGAUUCCCGAGAGACCUUAUCACAAGUGUUCAAUCUGCGGGAAGACCUUUGGUCAAAGCUUGCAUCUGAAUUUCCACCAGAGGACCCACGACGUAGAGAAGCCCUACAAGUGCGCCCAGUGUGGGAGCAGUUUCCACUCGCGCCAAGGUCUCAUCUACCACCAGCGCAGCCAUGCCGGCGAGAAGCCGUACAAAUGCUCCUUCUGCGGGAAAAACUUCAGCCAGAGUUCUCACCUCCUGGUGCAUAAGAGGAGCCACACGGGCGAAAAACCCUUCAGGUGUCCCACCUGUGGGAAAUGCUUCAGCCGCAACUCCCUUCUGACCAUCCACGAAAGGACCCACACGGGAGAGAAGCCGUACAAAUGCUUGCAGUGCGGCAGCCAGUUCCAUUCAGGUUCAGGGCUGAUUAACCACAAAAGGAUUCACACAGGAGUGAAACCGUAUAAGUGCCCUAAGUGUGGGAGAGAUUUCAUCCGGAAGGCACACCUCACUCGGCACCAGAGCAUACACACCGGUGCGAAGCCCUACAAGUGCUUAGAAUGUGGGAAAGGUUUUGGCCAAAGCACCCAGCUGACCUCCCACCAGAGGGUCCACACGGGGGAGAGACCCUACAGCUGCUCCAGCUGUGGCAAGACCUUCAACCAGAGCACCAGCCUGAUUCAACAUCAGAGGAUCCACACCGGGGAGAAACCCUAUCAAUGCUCCGAGUGUGGGAAGAGCUUCCGCCACAGCACCAGCCUGACCUCGCACCAGAGGAUCCACACGGGGGAGAAGCCCUACAAGUGCUCGGAUUGCGGGAAAGGCUUUUGCAACCAGUCGGGCCUCAUUAACCACAAGACCAUUCACACAGGGGAGAGGCCGUACAAAUGCUUGGAGUGUGGGAAAAGUUUCAGCCAGAGCACCCACCUGACCUCGCAUCAAAGAAUUCACACCGGCGAGAGACCGUAUAAAUGCUCGGACUGUGACAAAACCUUUUGCGAUCAGUCGGGGCUUGUUAAACACCAGAGGAUUCACACAGGGCAGAAACCCUAUAAAUGCCUGGCGUGUGGGAAGAGUUUUAGCCAAAGCACCAACCUUAUUAGACACCAGAGAAUCCACACGGGAGAAAAACCUUAUAAAUGCUUCAAGUGUGGAAAAUGUUUCACUCGGAGUUCAUCACUUUGCAAUCAUACUAAAACACACACAGAGGAGGAAAGCAGAACGUGCCUAGAAUGUGGGAAAUAUUUUUCCAGCAAAUCAACCCUGCGGCGACAUCAGAGAAUCCACACUGGGGAGAGACCUCAUAAAUGUCUGGAGUGUGGAAAAUGUUUUUCCAGCAAAUCAACCCUGCAGCGACACCAGAGACUCCACACUGGGGAGAGACCUUAUGAAUGUCUGGAGUGUGGGAAAUGUUUUUCCCGCAAAUCACUCCUGCAGCAACACCAGAAAAUCCACACUGGAGAAAGACCCCAUGAAUGCCCAGAAUGUGAGAAACGAUUUGGGCGUUCUUCCACACUUCGGAGACACCAAAAGACACACACGAGAGAAAAACUCUACAAAUGUAACGAGUGUGAGAAAUGUUUUUCUCUAAAGGGAAGUCUUUUUCGACAUCAGAUAAUCCACACAGGGGAGAAACCCUAUCAGUGCAUUGAGUGUGGAAAAUUUUUUCGUACGAUAUCAGGCCUCGGACAUCAUGAGAAAAUUCACAGAGGGGAAAAAAAUUUCAAAUGUUUAGACUGUGGGAGAGCAUUUAUUCAUUCAUCUCUCCUUAGACGUCACUGGCAAAUGCAUACAGGAGAGAAGCCACAUAAAUGCUCGGAGUGUGAUAAAUGUUUUUAUCAGAAAAAUAGACUUUUGAUACAUCAGAGAACCCACAGUGGAGAGAAACCAUAUAAAUGUUCCGAGUGUGGGAAGUCUUUUUCUUGCCAAGAAUAUCUUAGAAAACACGAGACGAUUCACACAGAAAAGAAGCCUUACAAGCCUGUGCAGAAAAAUAAAAUGUGCUCAGAAUGUGGGAGAUGUUUCUCCCAAAGGACACACCUAAUUCGACAUGAGAGACUUCACACUGGAGACAGGCCCUAUCAAUGCCCAGAAUGUGACAAGCGAUUUGUGGAGUCUGCUGAACUCCGGAGACACCAGAGGGGGCACACAGGAGAGAAGCCCUAUAAAUGUGGGGUGUGUGCGAAAGGUUUUCUCACAGCAACACUGCUUCGAGUUCAUGAGAGAAUCCACACAGGGGAGAAGCCCUAUAAAUGUGUGGAGUGUGGGAAAUGCUUUUCCCGAAAACAACACCUCGGAAAUCAUCAAAAGGUCCAUAAAAGAAUGAAGCCAUAAAGACUCAUAGUGUGUAGAAAUGGUUCCUUAAGAGGGAGAUAUCAGAAAACUCACAUGGGAAAAGGCCUAACAGGCCCUGACGGUGGAACAGUUUUUCAUAGUUGUUCAACCCUUAGAAGUCAUGUAAGAAUUCCUAAAGAGCG